AAGUUGAUUGUUACAAUUUGACGAUGGAGAGAAAAUGAAAUGAAAAUUUCCAUGGCGAUAACAAAAUUCCAAUAAUAGCCAUCAUCCAAUUUUUAUAAAUCCUUCAAAAUUUCUUCCUCCACUCUUCCUCGCCACCGUUUCCCCCCAAAAAAUGGAAGUUCGGCCGUUAGAAAUCAGAAUCAUCAAAGCUCAUGAUCUCAAAGACGUUAAUCUCAUCACUAAAAUGGACGUUUACGCCGUCGUUUCCAUCUCCGGCGACCAUUUAAACAACCAAAAACAGAAAACCACCGUCGACAAAGACGCCGGCCCCAACCCCAGCUGGGAUUUCCCCAUGACUUUCACCGUCGACGAUGCCGCCGUUCAGGACAACCGCCUUACCCUCAAGAUCAAGCUUCUCUCUGAUCGGAGUUUGGGCGAUCGAGAAAUUGGGGUUGUUUAUGUUCAAAUCAAGGAGUUGUUUGAUUCUAUUGUUCAUCGUGAGGGCGGCGUCGAUGAUGCCGGUAAUGAGGUGAAAUUUGGUAGUUUUAGUGUUCGAUUGUCGAAUGGGAAAGCGAAGGGGACUUUGGAUUUGGCUUAUAAAUUUGGGGAAAAACAUAACAUUGAGUCGCUGCCGCCACUACCGCCGCAUACGACCGAGCAGUACGCUCAGAAGGAGAUGGAACCACCGCCAGUAAUGGCUUAUCCGUCGACAUUUCCUACUUCUAGUUCUUCAUAUCCACCACCGGCGGAUGCAUACCCGCCGCCACCCAGUGGAUAUCCUAACGCUCCGCCGCCGGGGGCGUAUCCACAGUCUCAUUCGGGUGGAUAUCCGCCGCCCCCGGGUUAUGGGUAUCCGCCGGCGGGGUAUGGAUAUGGUGGUGGUUACCAACAGCCACCUCCGGGGUAUGGAUAUCAGCCAAUGAAGCCACCGAAGAAGAACGGUGGCGGUGGCGGAAUGGGAGUGGGAAUAGGGAUCGGAGCCGGUUUGGUUGGUGGGUUGUUGAUCGGAGAUAUGAUGUCGGACUUUUAAGAAAGAACGAUGGCGGUGGCGGCAAUGACGACGCCGGUGGGAGAGCUGAGAUAAAGAAUAGAAAAGAAUAAUAUAUGGAAAAGUAUUAAUGUAUCAAAUUGUAAUGUUUUAUGCAUAUGGGAAUUUGGAAGUGGACUUUUCUCAUGGACUUCAUUUCAUAGUAUUUCUUUGUAACAAAAUUAUAUCAAUUCUUUUACUAUCGUUUCAACUUUUUUAUUA